GCGCUCUGAAAAAUGGCAGAGUCGGAAGAGGAGGUGGACGUUUUGGUACAGAGAGUUGUAAAAGAUAUCAACAACGCCUUCAAGAAGAAUCCCAACAUCAAUGAGAUAGGCCUCAUUCCUUGCCCAGAAGCCAGGUACAACCGCAGCCCCAUCGUCCUGGUGGAGAACAACCUGGGCGUGGAGAGCUGGUGCGUGAAGUUCCUCCUGCCUUACGUCCACAACAAGCUCCUGCUCUACAGACAGCGCAAGCAGUGGCUGGACCGGGACGCUCUGGUAGACAUCACCUGCACAUUGCUGCUCUUGAACCCAGACUUCACUACUGCUUGGAAUGUCAGGAAGGAGCUGGUGCAAUGCGGGGUCCUGAACCCAGAGAGGGACCUAUACCUGGGCAAGCUCGCGCUGACCAAGUUCCCCAAAAGCCCAGAGACCUGGAUCCACAGGCGCUGGGUGCUGCAGCAGGUGCUGCGGGAGUGCUGUCCGCAGGGCGAGGCGGAGCGGGGCGAGGGCGAGGGGACGCCCCAGGCGGAAAGGCUGCAGAGGAUCCUGCAGGAGGAGAUGAAGGUGUGCACCGAGGCCGCCGGGCGUUACCCCAGCAACUACAACGCCUGGUCCCACCGCAUCUGGGUCCUGCAGAACAUGGCCAAGGGCAACCUGAAGAUUCUCCACGACGAGCUGUCCUCCAUGAAGCUGUGGGUGUCCAUGCACGUGUCCGACCACAGCGGCUUCCACUACCGCCAGUUCCUGCUGAAGUCCCUGGUGGGGGAGCUGAGCCAGGCGGCGGAGCGGGCGUCGGCCCGUCCGCCCCACCCCUCGCCCGACCCGCACUACGCCCACCGGGCCAACGGCGAGGGCGCGGCCGGCGGUGACGAGCGCCAGAGGAGCGCCGUGUCUGAGCUGUUCGAGGAGGAGAUGGAGCUCUGCACGGACCUGAUCGAGUCAUACCCGGGACACGAAACACUGUGGUGUCACAGGCGGCACGCCUUCUUCCUCUGGUACCACUGGAGGAGGGAGGUGUCCCAGAACGGCACUCAUCUCAACCACGCCGACGAGUCAAGCCCACUGUGCCACCCCGCGGGAGGUGGGGAGGGCGGGGCCAUGGACGUGGACGGGGCUCCGGAGGGGGGCAAGCAGGGGGGCUACACCCGGGACAGCAAGCGCCUGAAGAGGGGUCCCCUCCACCCCUGCCCCGGGCUACCGUCCGAGCACAGCUUCAUCGCCAAAACCCUCAGCAGCUGCCGCAGCCCUGAGCAGAGCCGCUUUGCUGCCGCCUACAGGAAGUGGCUGGACUCUGUGAUAGGUCAGUAACGUGCGAAGCACUCCGCCCACAGGAAGUGGCUGGACCCUCUGAUAGGUCAGUGACGUGUGAUGUUUCCGUCUGCAAGGGUGCGGCUGGACUCUCGAUAGGUCAGGUCAGUAACCCCUCCCCCGACCCCGGUGAACCUGGCCCGUGGGAAAUGGCCGGACUCUGUGAUUGGUCAGCCAUGGUCCGCCAGGGCUAGAUUCCCCUUCAUAAUGAAAAUCCGUGUCCAGUGUUUUCUCAGACAAAGGCAUUUCCGCCAAACAGGCGUGUUAGCCUUCGUCAAGGUACUUCAAUACCUCAGGGCUCUCUCUCUCAGUCUGUAACGAGCACUUCAGCCACUUUCACACGACCACUUGAGAUUUGUUUUUGAUUCUACAUGUUUUACUUCUUCAUUUAGUUUUUUUUUGUUAAGUCUUCCAGAAAGAACCGAUUGUUGUAGAAUUGACAAAGGACGCUAACACUAACUGGAUGGUAGGCCGUUGAGUAUUAAAUACCUUUUCAGUCCUCAUCCAGAAGCCUUUGGAAAGGUGUCCUUAUCUGUAUGUGUUUGUGUAUGUGUGUGAUGAAGAAAAAUCCUAUACAUUUUCUGUUGGUUUAAACAAUCUUGGAAUCAACAAAACUGCUUUCACCAUCGUUAAGCGUUUUUUCUGUGACAGUGUUUGAAGAUGCAUCUCAUUACUAAGAAACUGUGUUCAGAUUUUCACUGACAGAUUUACCAAUUAUGAGGGAGCACAAUCCACCAUGGCCUGGGGCCGUUGAAAACUGAACAAGCAAAAUUUUCCGUGGUUGAGCUUAAAAGUUGACAUUUUAUUGCGCUAACUUUCCUUUUGUUGUUGUUUUUUACCUGUCGGUUUAUGGAAAGGAGGGGCUUUUACCUCUCCAGUGGGACAAGAAAAAAAACCUGAUGGCAGUAAGGUUGCAUACACGUUUCCAUGAGCGAAGUCACAACGGUGAUUUGCAUUUUUAAAUGACUCAAGAUGCAGGUGUUCAGGUAUAAAUGAUAACUAAAAAGCACAGACUUUUCAAUUUUUAAGUGUAUAAUAAUAUUAAUAAUAAGUCACUGUCAAGCUAGGGUGAUAAGAUGGUGAUUGAUUAUAGUAAUAACAUAAAGAACAGUGCUUGGCAUUUAAGCACAGUGGGUACUUCUUUCGUUUUUGGUCUUAUGUUUUUUUCCAGACAGUCACCUCUCCGUUGCAUGGGUUUCCAUUUUGAAGGGGAAUUUUGGAGUCUUAAGCUUCCCUGAUUUUCUUGAAUUGACUCUCUCUCUGCACAGUCAGGCUUACCUGUGUUGUACUCUAUGCACAGUCAAGCUCACAGUGCAUUUGCCUGUGCUGUAUGCUCUCUGUGCAGUCAAGCAGUGCAUUUGCCUGUGCUGUAUUCUCUGUGCGCAGUGAAGCAGUGCAUUCGCCUGUGCUAUAGUCUCUCUGUGCAGACAAGCUCACCUGUGCUGCACAUACCCGCUGUUGGCUCUUUGCUCAUACUUCGCUGCACUUUCACACCUACAUGCUGACGCAUUUUUAUCCGACGGGUCUCCUCUUAUUUCCAGCUCUGUUGCUCAGAGAACCCUGUCUGUGUGCGCUUCACUAAGGGGCUUGCCUUUACACACAGCGAUCUUCACUAAGCUACUUACAGCAGCGUUUGGAAUAGAUCUGAGCAAAAAAAAAAAGAAAAAGAAAAAACACAAAUAAAAAAGAGGAAAAAAAGUUGACUCUUCCUAAACCAGUCUUCUCUUGUUCUCUUUCUGCUGUAACACUUUCUUUUCUAUCAAAAAAUCUAGGCCAUGUAGUGGAAGUGGGGAUCUUGUUUUGUGUGUCAGAGGGUAAUUUUUCCAUUUAACACUAUGAGCCAGAUCUCCUUAUCAAAUAUGGAAGUAAUGCAUAAGGUAAACGUUAGGCUAUGUUACAAUAAUAGUUGUUACAAUAUCAUAUUGUCGGUCAGUUGUGUUAUAACCUAUCAUAGUAGUGAUUGUUUGUACAAUAUUUAGGCUGCCGGGAUCUCAGGUCUGCUUAUGCAAAGCCAGUGGAGAGUUAGCCGAGUGGAAGUGCAUUUCAGUUUCAUCUAGUACAGACGUGGCACACUGUUUCCACUGAUUCACGCUCUUAACGCCUAGCUCACUCCCUCGUUCUCAUAGAUGUGUAUGAAAAGGUUAGCUUUAGAAGCCUUCCUGCUGCAUUGCUUUGGACCUGAACGCUAAAGUGCACUGUAGCAGACGCAACCUGCUGUCAGGCUAUCAUUUGUAAACUCCGUAGCCCUGUGGAACCAGAGUUGGUGGAACCGUAUUCAUUUUAACUGAGCCUCUGUUGUGCCUGACAUGAGCAGUGGGAGAAGGUAUUUGCUCUCUGGUAAAUUCCAGAGGUCCCAGGCGUGCGUGUUGUUGCACAGAGUUGAUGAGGUUGGUACCCUCGCUAAGGAGAGACAGGGCUGGGAAGUCCAGUUGUGGUCACUGUGGCUCCUGCCCUGUCUCCAUAUUUUGUGAUUUAUUUGUACAAGUAUACCCCCCUCCCCUUUUCAUUUAUAAGUCCAAGUAGAGGGGCAGUGGGUUGUACUUUGGGGGGGGGGGGGUGAAAACACAAGGCCAUGAUGUCUGUAACUGCAAGGCUACCAGUCAGGUGUUUCCUUCAGGAAUGCUGUAGAGAUGGGCUGCCCAUUCAGCAUUGUGUGGGGGGGUCCCUCUUCAAGCGUGGCACACAAUCAUUCUCUGUGCAGGCUUUCUUCUUCUGGGAGUAGCAGGGCAGUCACGAUGUUUGGGCGUGUCCUUUAGUGAAAGAGCCAUUGCCACCACAUCAGUGUCUUUAACCUGUCCAUUUUCUAAUGACUACGAGUGAUGGACAUUUUACAUACAGCUCCGUGCUCUGAGAGCUGGGCCUGUACAGGGGCUGCAGACAUUGCAACUAAACCAACUAAUGUGUUAGGGGUAUGCUUUGGUGUAUACAGUAAAGUCAGAAAAUAUAACUUGAGAACCAGCUUUUCUUGUGGUUUGCCGAGCUCUGACUGGCCUGUCCAAUACAAGUAUUAUAUUUGUUCGAGUGAAACUGAAUUUAAGACUAAUAAAAUGAGACUCAGUAGGGCAGUUUAGCAGUAAUGUCUGGCACUGGCCUUUUGAGGUUUGGUGGGAAAGUUGCUCCAGGGGCCUGUUUCAGUACCUUGAGGAUUCAUUAAGAUUUUAGUAUGUCAUCAUGUAGAGAUUACUCUGUAUACAUGGUAAACAAAUGGACACUGGUACUGUUUUCUAGUAACCUCCCUCCAGGUCAUUCUCUCUCUCACACACACAAGCACACACACACGCACAUGUGUGCUUCGGCUCUUGUGAGAUGAGGUCCAGUCUUAAAAAGCUAAAAAUAUGAAGGAUUUUUACAUGGAGGUAAAGCAGUCUGUGUGAUCACAAGCUCCUCUCAUUGUUUCCUGUGGAGAGGUCUCUCCACAGGAAUCCAGCUCAGGACACAGCAGGUGUCAGGGCGUGGCAGUUACACGCAGCCACACAGUGGUGUGUGUGUCUCUUUGUCUUACCACGCCUCUGCUAAAGGACAUUAACCCUUUCCUUUGCGUGCUGUCUGUUGCGUUCCAUUCUGGAAAUAUCCCAGAUCGUGAGAUGACUGCAUUUAUUAUGCAUUUGGUCAUUAUACAAAUGAGGAGGAUUUGAAACAAUUUUCCCCCUUUUCCAUCCAACUUUCAUGAGUGCCACUGGUAGAGUAGACUUGUCUUUCUGUGACCUUUGUCUUCACACAGGAGCUCAGGGUGUAGUCAAUGCCAACCGACUAUUGUCCACACUACAAUUCCCAUGGUGCACCAGGAAGCAAAUACAGAGGAUGUCAUCAUGUAAGCAACCCAUAAGUGAAAAUGGUGCAAAGAGGGGACCCUGGCAGACAUACCCACCCCCUGUUCCGCUGCUGUGGGCUCCCGGUCACUGUCGGAACAUGACACAGCUGGGCUCAGUCCUGUCCUGUAGUGCUCAGCCCACACAAGGAACACGUGCCUUAGCUGGCUGAGUCGCUCAGGAGCCAUUCUGUGUGUUUAUUGAGAGGCCAGACAGUUGAAAGCACCGAAUUCUUUGGGAUCCCAUUUGUGUUGAUGCCCUGCGUUAUGUCUCAUGAUCACCCCAGUGCCCCCCAUCACCACCCCACCCACUUUUAUUUUGCUGUUGUUACUGUACCGAAUCGGAACCGCUAUGACUGACCAGCUGGACACUAAUGUAUAAACCUAAAAAACUGACAGAUGGUGAUGGGGAGACCACAGAAUGGGGUAGUAGUUACAUAAAUAGCGGUGCUUGUCUCAAAGGGCGUUUGUUAUGGAGCAUCGCAUCUCCUGCCUGAGGGCCACAGAACACCUUUGCCACACUUCCAGAACACUUCCCUGCUUUCAGAAACAUUGUUAAAGCUAAAUGCAGUCGUCAUACUGAUGUGAGUAUUCGCAAAUGCUUAGAUCAAGCAUACUGAAAUAUUGCAGCUGUUCUGUAGGCUACAUGUUGGUCAGUGGUUUUUAGCCAUGGUCCAGCUGAGUUCUUGUGUUUCUUUGAGCUGUUCACUGAAUGGCUUAUCUUUGACAUGAGGGGUAGUUUUGACCUGAGGGUUGUCUGUUAGUACCUUGUGAAAGAAAUGUGUAAAUAGAGGGGUUCUUGUAUGUAUAAAGAUACAUUGGGGUGUCCUCAAAUUUUUUUCUAUUCAUUUGUGCCCAUGAAACAAAUUAGUAGUCCAAAUCGGUACUCGGCAUAAUUGGAUAAGAUUAAUUUGCUGUUCAAUUGGCUAUUUUAGGGCCCAGAACAAUUAAAUGAAGAACUAAUUAAGUUUUAUCACGACAGCUACCCUAAAUUUGUAUUAAGGAGUGGAUAUUAGCAAAACAUGUCAAAUAAAUGCCUUUUACUUGUACCUUUUUAUUAGUACAAAAGCAUCUCUAACAACACUUUUCCUUCACGCAGGACUCUGAGCUAAUUAAAUGUCAGGCGAUGUUAAAUACAGACCCGUGUUCAAUUAACAACUCUGUCAAACCUAAUUAAUUAAAAUGGACCAGAACAAAAAAAAACAAUGCAUGGUGCAUUGGGUGGAGAAAACACUGACGUAGCUGAAGAUGAAGACGCUUUCAUUUCUGACCCUUCAGCAGGAGCGUCCUCAGACAGACAGGCACAGCCCUGAUGGACGAAGGGAGCAGGAAUGCCAGGAGAGGUCAUUACAAACCUAAUUCAAAUGCAGCCUUAUCCAGUUGAUUCAUUUGAAUGCAGCUCAC